AUGGCUAAGGGAAAGAAGAGCGUCGUUAAAUUCGUCAUUGACUGCACAGCACCAGUCGACGAUAAGGUCUUGGAUGUUGCCAUGUUCGAGGCAUACCUUCAAGAACGUAUCAAGAUCGGAGGAAAGACUGGAGCCCUCGCAUCCAACAAUGUUGUCAUCUCCAGAGACCGCACAAAGUUGACUGUUGCCAGCCCAGCCGACCUGAAAUUCUCCAAGCGUCAAUUGAAGUACCUCUCCAAAAGAUACUUGAAGAAACAACAAUUGAGAGAUUACCUUCGUGUUGUUGCCGCUAGCAAGAACUCUUACGAAAUGAGAUACUUCUCUAUCACCGGGGGAGAUGAAGAGGCCGAAGAGUAA